UUGGUUUUUCCCUUUCUGAUCAUUCGUAAUAACUCCAUCUACAAGCCAAUAUCCUAACUAUAUAUUAAUAUUGUUGCUCUCCAUAUUGCUCUCGUUCUCGGUGGGAAAGUAAAAGAUGAAUUUCGCCGAACAACAGCCCGCGGUCAUCGGAGCUCCUCCCCCAUCGGGAUAUGCAUAUCCACUAGUACAACAACCUCAACCGCAGCAGCUCUAUCCACCAGGACAACAACCUCCAUUGGCAUAUCCAGGAGGACAACAACCUCCAUAUGCAUAUGGCAGUCAGCCCUACCCCCAGCCCUAUGCCCAGCAGUACCCCCAGCGGUACCAGAACGAUUGUUGUUGCUUCGCCGAAUCAUGCUGUUUCUAGGGUGGUGGAGGCAAAACUUGGAAUUUAUUGGACGAGUGAUUAAGAUUGGAUUCUUAAGGCUUGGGGCAUGAUGGGUUCGCUUUGUUUGUUCUUAAUGAAUAAAAAUGUUAAUAAGCAUUGAUUUAUUAAAAUUGUGAAA